GCCCGGAUUUUAUCUUUGUUUCUAUUAUUACCUACGGGUUUUUCUGUCGAAACUUGAUGUUCCUUUGAACAAUCUCAACUCUAUAAAUUCGUGAUAAAUCUCUUGACAUCAUCGUCAUCGCAUUCCCCGCAUUUUUCGUCUUUACUUACGAACAGUCUUAUUUCACGCACUGGGAACUCAUAUGCUCAAAGCAAAGAGCGAAUUCAAAAUGACCGCACCAUCUACAAUCAAACAGCGCUUCCUAUCCCAGCCCAACGACCUCGGUGUCGUAGCUGUGGGCUUCUCCGGCGGCCAGUGCAAAGCAGGCGUUGAAGCGGCGCCGAUGGCAUUGAUUGAGUCCGGUCUCCUCGAUCAACUCCAAGAAGACCUUACCUAUAACGUCCACUAUGACAACGUCGUCCACGACUAUGCGGAUCUCAUACCCGCCUCAGACCCGGAUCAUAGAGGCAUGAAGAAGCCUCGUGCCGUGAGCGCAGUGACUCAGAAGCUUAGCCAACAGGUCUAUGAGCACGCGAAACAAGGCAAGAUGGUUCUUACUCUCGGAGGAGACCAUUCGAUCGCUAUUGGGACAAUUUCCGGUACCGCCAAGGCUAUCCGUGAGCGGUUGGGUCGUGAGAUUGCGGUUAUCUGGGUAGAUGCUCAUGCCGAUAUCAAUAUUCCCGAGGAGAGUCCCAGUGGUAACAUUCACGGUAUGCCCGUAGCGUUCCUUACAGGACUCGCUAAGGAGGAGAAAAAGGACAUUUUCGGCUGGCUUGAGAAGGAUCAGCUGUUGAAUGUGAAUAAGUUGGUGUACAUUGGCUUGCGGGAUGUUGAUCGAGGAGAGAAGCGAAUCCUCCGUGAGCACGGUAUUAAGGCUUUCAGCAUGCACGAUAUUGAUAGACACGGUAUCGGCCGCGUCGUUGAGAUGGCUCUUGCACACAUUGGCAACGACACACCCAUUCAUCUGUCCUUUGACGUCGAUGCUCUCGACCCACAAUGGGCUCCUAGCACUGGUACUCCAGUCCGAGGGGGACUUACUCUCCGGGAAGGCGAUUUCAUCUGUGAAUGUGUUCAUGAAACUGGAAACCUGGUUGCUAUGGACUUGGUGGAGGUCAAUCCUAGCCUGGAGGCGACGGGGGCCAGCGAUACUAUCCGUACAGGUUGCUCGCUGGUUCGUAGUGCACUCGGUGAUACUCUUCUGUAACCUGUUAUCAUUUGUCGGAAAGGAUUGAGUUUGAUGUAUUUUUGGCGGCAAAUAGAGUGGACUAGUCUCUUAUGGAUCGCGAUGAGUCUGAGGCUGGUUAGUUGCCCAGGUGGUAGUAAUGAAAUAUAUUCAUAAACGAUGUAGCUUUU